GACGCGUCUGCCGUCAUCACACGGCUUGGAUUGGUUUGCGCCAAAGGCGGAAGUGCUGGAAACCAGGAAGGAAGCGCAGCAAACAACGCCGCGCCGUUACCACGGACCCGGUGGAGAGCCGUCUGCUGCACGGCGACACACACCCACACCCACGCACACAAACACACACACACCCACCCACACACACACACACACACACACAACAUGGGGGGGACACAAAGCGGGGAGAUACCCGGCGGAGGGAGCGAGGGGUACCACGUCCUCAGGGUGCAAGAGAACUCCCCCGGUCACCGUGCAGGACUGGAGCCAUUCUUUGAUUUCAUAAUUUCCAUUUGUGACAAUAGAAUGAACAAGGACAACGACACCCUGAAAGAGCUGCUGAAGGCGAACGUGGAGCGGCCCAUCCAGAUGCUGCUGUACAGCAGCAAGACGCGUGGCGUGAGGGGGACGACGGUCACACCCAGCAGCACGUGGGGCGGCCACGGCCUCCUGGGGGUCAGCAUUCGCUUCUGCAGCUUUGAGGGAGCCAAUGAAAACGUUUGGCACGUUUUGGAAGUGGAGCCAAACUCCCCCGCGGCCCUGGCUGGUUUGAGGGCCCACGCUGACUACAUCAUAGGGACCGACGCCGUCAUGAGCGAGAGCGAGGACCUGUUCUCCGUGGUUGAAAGCCACGAGGGGAAGGAGCUGAAGCUCUACGUCUACAGCACGGACACGGACAACUGCCGCGAGGUGGUCGUCACGCCAAACGGGGAUUGGGGCGGAGACGGCAGUCUAGGGUGUGGGAUUGGCUAUGGCUACCUGCACAGGAUACCUACGCUGCCAUUCUCAGAGGGCACGAAGAUCCGUCUCCCUGCACGGACUCCCUUGGGACCAGCUGCUUUACCCAAAGACGGCUUCGCGGAGGUCCAUCUCUCUGCCGUCGUUCCAACCGUCCCUGUGGCUGUGUCUUCUCCUGCUUUGACUGGAUUAGAGCAGUCUCUCGCCAGCGUGUCGGUCAGCUCUCACCCGGCCGCCUCCGUUGGCGAUCUGCAGACCGGAGCUGCUGCCGUCCCAGCGCUCAGACACGCCGCCGCCUCACGAAGCGCCCCUUUGUCUCCCGACCCUGCUGCCUCAAUACCAGGUUUACUUCCCUGGAGGCCUGGAGGUCUUCCACCAUUUCCUGAUUUACCAAAUCUAAGUAUCACGUUGCCAGAUGUGGGCCCCGUGUUGCUGCCUGGAAAUGGUGGAUUUCAACAUGCAGGUCUUCCAGGUGUUCUCCCUGCUGGAACUCUGCCUGACUUUGUUCUUCCACCAAUCGCUGCUAAUGCAUCUCCUGCUGGUACACGGCACAGCAGUGCCGCGUAUCCCUCCUCCACCAUACCAAUGAACCGUUCCCUGACCAGAACCCCCGUCCCAUCCUCAGGGGCCCCCUCCGAAUCGAUCAAUAUCACAAUGACUGCAGACUCUUCUUAGCAGGAGCACAGACACAAUGGUGUCGACACUCUUGGUUUUAAAAAGUGUCAUUAAUCUGGGUUAACAUUUUACUAUUAAUGUGCAGGUUACUUUCCUUUUCUGUGGUCAAAUAACAGCACUUAAAGGGUCACCAUUUCAUUUCCUGAACUACUUAUGUGACCCCUCAUCUAAUUCACAGGAAAUGUGUUGGUCCAGUCCAUUUCUUAGUCAUGAUCAAAACCACAGAUGUGCGUCUCAGUCAGUGGGUAAACUCCAAUUACCAGCUACAAUGAUGGUAUUGUGCCUGAGCCACACAAACAGCUGACUGAUUCUAGAUUGGGAUUUCUUUAGAAAAGCAGGUUUGCUUGCUGUAGCCAUUAAACAAAAGGACUUUGGAUUUGUAAAAUAACAAAAAAAUGUUUUUAAAUUGAUAGUUAACUCUAUUAAAUGGAUGAUGUUUUUCAAUCUGGUCUAUUCCUUUAAUUCUUCAGGAUCACGUU